AAAACCUUACAUAUUUAGGAAGCCGAAAAUUCAGAAAUAGUAAAGUGAAUAUCCGAAACAAGCCAACACAUGUGUUCAAACUAUAGAGUUUAAAAUCUUCAUAGUUCAAACUAUAAUUUAAAACUUAAAUUAAAAAAAAAAAAAUCAAACUCAAAAAAUAUGUAAUUUAUUUAUUUAUGCCAUAAAAUUGAGUUCAUAAUUGGAUAAAGGAACACAAGUUGGGAGACACGAUCGCAACAAACAUUUAGUUGGCGCUUACAACUUGAGCCAUCUACGCAUCCUCCACGCCUAUCCACGCCCACAAUCCAAUUUCGAAAGUCGAAAGUCGAAAGUCGAAAGGAAGAAGAAGAGAGACAAUGAGCCGUUCUCUCCUCUCUCACCUCUUCGCACUUCCCAACUCCUCUCCUCGCUUCACUUCUUCACUCUCUUAUUCUGGUCCUAGUUUGAAGCGCAAUUCUCAAUGCACCUUCCGUUGUUUCUGUAGCGCCGUCGUUUCACAGCCUCAAACCUCGUCGCCUUCGCCGCCUCCGCUCAACAGGAAGCGAGUUGUCUCUGGAGUCCAGCCAACCGGAGCUCUACAUCUAGGAAAUUAUCUUGGUGCCAUAAAAAAUUGGAUUUCACUUCAGGACACUUAUGAAACAUUUUUCUUCAUUGUUGAUCUUCAUGCGGUAACAUUGCCCUAUGAAACUAAGGAUUUAUCCAAAGCAACAAAGGAUACAGCAGCUAUUUAUUUGGCAUGUGGCGUUGACAUUUCAAAGGCUUCAGUUUUUGUACAAUCUCAUGUCCGAGCACAUGCAGAACUUAUGUGGUUGCUGAGUUCUACCACACCCAUUGGCUGGCUUAAUAGAAUGAUACAAUUUAAGGAGAAAUCACGUAAAGCGGGUGAUGAAAAUGUUGGGGUUGCACUUUUGACGUAUCCUGUUCUCAUGGCUGCUGAUAUUUUAUUAUAUCAGUCAGAUUUUGUACCAGUUGGAGAUGACCAGAAGCAACAUCUUGAGUUGACAAGACAGCUAGCUGAGCGUGUGAAUAAUUUGUACGGAGGAAGGAAAUGGAAGAAAAUGGGAGGGAGAGGGGGCUCAAUCUUUAAGAUACCUGAACCACUUAUUCCACCAACUGGAGCUCGGGUGAUGUCUUUGACAGAUGGUCUUUCAAAGAUGUCUAAAUCUGCUCCUUCUGAUCAGUCUCGAAUUAAUCUGUUGGACCCAAAGGAUGUUAUUGCAAAUAAGAUCAAACGUUGCAAAACUGAUUCAUUUACAUGGCUGGAAUUUGACAACCCUGACAGACCUGAAUGCAAUAACCUUCUCUGCAUUUAUCAACUUGUAUCAGGCAAAACAAAGGAGGAGGUUGCCCAAGAAUGUCAGAGUAUGAGCUGGGGAACAUUCAAACCACUUAUUACAGACGCAGUAAUUGAUCAUUUACAACCCAUUCAGGCACGUUAUGAGGAAAUCAUGUCUGAGCCUAGUUAUUUGGAUGGAGUUCUAGCAGAGGGUGCAGCUAAAGCUACGGAUAUAGCAGAUACUACUCUUAAUAAUGUCUACCAGGCGAUGGGGUUUCUUCGAAGAUGAGCUUAAUUGGUGGUGCAUGCAAUUUUUUCCAUGCAGCCUUUUCAGAUGACAUACUGUUUAAUUGUAAAUCAAAUCUACUUGUUUUGGAACAUUCAUUAGGCUUUUAUUUUUUGCUAUCCCCAUUAGUUUCUAAGGAAAAAUUGCACUCGGUAGAAAAUAGGAACUGGACUCAUAUUCAA